CCAGGAGCAGGUCACUGCAGUCAGAACUCUGGGAUGGUUGAGAACAGCCCUGCAGCACUCCAGCAGAAAAGCUUCUUGCUUCCUUGUCUCAAGUGCCCUCUGCCACUUUCUGAGGCGGAAGACAGGAGGAGCUGGAACCUCUCUGUUGGCCAGAGGCAUUAACCUUGGGCGUACAUAGGAUCGUGGGGCUCUGGGACCAGUCCUACAGCAGCCAGCCCAGCAGCCUGCCCUGGCUGCUCCUUCCAGGUGAUGGAAAACGUGAGUUUUUCCCUGGACAGAGCUCUUUGGGCCUUCCUCCUGGCCAUGCUAGGCUCCACCACAGGCCAGCCGCUCGGGGGAGAAUCCGUCUGUACCGCCCGGCCCUUGGCUAGAUACAGCAUCACUUUCACUGGCAAGUGGAGUCAGACGGCAUUCCCCAAGCAGUAUCCUCUGUUCCGGCCUCCUGCACAAUGGUCCUCCCUCCUGGGGGCAGCUCACAGCUCUGACUACAGCAUGUGGAGAAAGAACGAGUAUGUCAGCAAUGGGCUGAGGGACUUCGCUGAGCGCGGUGAGGCCUGGGCACUGAUGAAAGAGAUCGAAGCUGCAGGGGAGAAACUCCAGAGUGUACACGCAGUAUUCUCAGCUCCUGCUGUCCCCAGCGGAACCGGGCAGACGUCCACAGAGCUGGAGGUGCACCCUAGGCACUCGCUGGUGUCCUUUGUGGUACGCAUUGUCCCUAGCCCUGACUGGUUUGUGGGCAUUGACAGUCUGGACCUGUGUGAGGGAGGCCGCUGGAAGGAGCAGGUGGUCCUCGAUCUUUACCCUCAUGAUGCAGGGACAGACAGCGGCUUCACCUUCUCCUCCCCCAACUUUGCCACCAUCCCACAGGACACAGUGACUGAGAUAACAUCCUCAUCACCCAGUCACCCGGCAAACUCAUUCUACUACCCACGCCUGAAGUCCUUGCCUCCCAUUGCCAAAGUGACCUUCGUGCGACUACGGCAGAGUCCCAGGGCCUUUGCCCCACCUUCCCUGAACCUGGCCAGCAGGGGCAAUGAAAUUGUCGACAGCCUCUCAGUUCCAGAGACACCGCUGGACUGCGAGGUUUCCCUGUGGUCAUCCUGGGGACUGUGUGGAGGACCGUGUGGAAAGUUGGGAGCCAAGAGCAGAACUCGUUAUGUCCGUGUUCAGCCGGCUAACAAUGGGACCCCCUGCCCCGAGCUUGAAGAAGAGGCUGAGUGUGCCCCCGAUAACUGUGUCUAACCCCAGAUUUCCAGUAGCUAUCCCUUAGGGUCCCCUCAAGCCUUGGUCUCAGAUCUGGGCCAUAAAGCAUUCCUGGGAGGCACAGGCAGACAGGGAUAGGAACUUGGGCAGUUUUGCACCAUUUCCCACCAUGGCUGGGCUGAUGAACACUCUGGACACAGAGGUCCUCAGUGGCAGGUAAGAGACAGGCUGCUUCUCCCGCCGCAAGAUCCCUGAAGGCUCAUCGUCUGCUCUAGAGAAUGUCUCAUGUAACUUAUUACUGUGGUGGAAUGCUGCCUUUGAUGCAGAGAGCUAGCACUCCAGGAACAGGUAGAGGAUGCUGUAAGCUUGUGAGCCCCACAACCACACCAUUGUCAGAUACCUCAGAUCUGCUGCCAAUGCACCUGCUCCUGGAGGCCAACGAUGCAGCUUCACAUUGCUCUUGGCUUCAAACAGGGGUGACCACAGGAGAAAUAGAUGAAGAGGGACAGUUUCGGAAACUUGGCCCUCUGGUGUCACUGAUCCCUUUGCAUUUGAAUAAAG